CACGCGAGUGCCUUACCCUAGCGUGAGUAGAUUUAUCAGUUCCUUCUGGUUGUUUUGGUAAAUAUUCUUCAAAAAGUAUUGUUUUAGAUUCUGCUUACGUUGAAAGAUAUGCACUAGCCCGAAUCAGUUUGAAAGAAAGUGGUUUCUUCCUGCAUCUUAACGGCCUCCUUGGUAUACAGACGACAAGGUGACAAAAAAUAAAUGGCGGAUGAAAACACGAAAUGCGAGCAUGUUGAGAGUGAAGAUUAUUUUGAUGGAAACCACCGUAAUGAACUUGUAUCUAGGAUGUCGAAAAUGCGUGAAAAUGGCACCCUAAUAGACAUCUGGCCAGUGGUUGACAAUGUAGAAUUUCCAGCCCACAGCCUUGUUUUGGCUUCGUGUUCUGAUUACUUUCUGGCUUUAUGCAACUCGAAUCUAAUUCCUGGAAAUCGAAGGGUCCUUAUAACUGAUCUGGGGGCGUCAACAUUUCAGCAGCUAUUAGAUUUUAUGUACACUGGUGCUAUAACGAUUAAUCCUGAAAAUGUUGAAGAUCUGUUGAGGGGCUCUGCCAUGUUGCUUUUGGAUAAAAUGAAAACUAAAUGCUGUACAUAUAUUUUGAGUCUUUUGAAUGCGCAAAAUUGCCUAGGGAUUCUAUCGAUUGCAGAUGAAUUGAGCUGCGAGGACCUGUUCAACAAAGCAAUGAAGUUCACUCAACGAUGUUUCUCAGAAGUUUGCCUAAACCCAGAUUUCUUACAGCUUCCUUGCCAUCUUGUGAGCACUUUAAUUGCAUCUGAUUCCACGUCGGUAUCAAAUGAAGAUUCUGUGUAUUCUGCUGUUAUGAAAUGGAUCUCUUACAAAGCAGGCAGGGAAAAGUUUUUCUCAAAAUUGUUCCUCAAUAUCAGGCUUCGAUUUGUAAGCGAAAAGAUUUUUUCAACUGAUAUUUCAAACAAUUGUUUAGUUCUGAAUGACCCAGCAUGCCUUGAUAGGUUAAAUGAUGCAAAGAAUUUAAGAUGUGAAAUUGCACAGGGGAGAAGAACAUCAAGCAUACCAAUCAAGUGUGAUACACACUGGGUCAAGCCUCGCUUAUGCAUGUCAAGUAUUGAUGCUCUUGUAGCUGUAGGUGGGGUGCAUGCCUUGAUAUACAAUGCAGAGGUAAAUGAUUGGUUCCAGCUAACACCAGUGAUAACAAGGCACUGCCCUGGCUUGGGCGUGCUAGACAAUGACCUUGUUAUCGUUGGUGGAAGCAGGGAAUGGAAAAGGCUUGGAGGAGGUGUCAGAUAUGACCCAAAGAGAAACCAAUGGCUAAGCAUUGUUUCCAUGAACCACAAAAGAAGCAACUUAGAACUGUCUUCUUUGGAUGGCUAUCUUUACGCUAUUGGUGGGUAUGAUGGGGAAACUCCUUUAAGCUCUGUUGAGCGUUUUGAUCAGAAGCACAACAAGUGGGAAUUUGUUGCUGCCAUGAACCAUGCCAGAGAUGGUCUCUGUGUUGCUGCAGAUGAAGAAUACAUAUAUGCCAUAUCUGGUUAUGAUGGAAACAGAUACUUGAAUUCUGUUGAAAGAUAUGAUCCAACAAGGGAUAUAUGGGAAUUAGAAGGAUUUGCGCCAAUAAAGCAGCACAGAGAAAAUGCUUCAUGUGUUAUAGUGGAUGGACAGAUUUAUGUUUUUGGCGGAUAUCAUGAUUCCACCUUUCUUGGUCAAUGUGAAGUUUAUGAUAUUGAAAAUAAUAGUUGGAGUGAAAUAACACCCCUGUCUGCUCCAAGAUACCAAACUGGAGCUGCUGUGAUUGACAGAUCGAUUUAUGUUUGUGGUGGAUGGACUGAAAAUAGUACAGCAUCAUCUCUUGUGGAAUGUUAUCAAAUAGAUGAAGAUAGAUGGGUUCCAGUUGCACCCCUACCAACACCAUGUACUGUUCGAUGUGCUUCCCUGACUUUCCCGAGAAAACGCUUGGAGGAAAUUGUUAACUCACAAGAACAUAUCAAGCAGCAGACAUCAAGAUAAAAACUGUUUGGUUGUGUAUCGAACUAACUUCUAUAAAAAUGUGCCAAUAUUUAUUCCCUUUGUGUAUUUUCACUAGACUAUCAAAUUACCUAGCCAUUUAAGUAUAUCAAGAUUGAAACACAUAUUUUUAUCCGACACAAGGGAAUAAAGCACUAAUGUUCUUAGGAUAUUUUUUUGGAAUUUUAAGAUUUUGGUCUCAACUAUAUAUACUUCAAUUGCCCCCCUCUCUGUUGUAUAAGCUCUUCUCAAAGUAGUACAUACUCGGGAAGUGAUCAUUUCAUGCAAGCCUCCAUCUUAACAUGCCAGUAUGUACAAUAAAAAUGAAAAAAUAUACGAGUCUGUUUAACUUUUUCAAGUGAUGUUGCAAAAAGUGAAAAAAAAGUUUGAAAACCAGUUAUUUGUAUGACAACUGUCUGAUCAUUUAUAUUUACAACCACCUUCAUUUAAGUUCCCUUCGAAUAAGCCCUCCUUUCAAUGAUGACACAGAUUAAGCUGCACGGGGCCUAAUUCAAGGGCUAGACCUUUUCUUCACACAUAUAUCUGCACACUAGACCUUUUCUUCUCAUUAGAGUAAGGAUAACAAACUAUUUUAUGCUACCAGCAUAUCUUGGAAUCAGAUUUUACUUUACUAACAGAAUUCAUCUCUUCCUGACAAAAUGUUUCUGAAAAGUGGUUACCCUUUAUUCCAGAAGUGUAUUAAUACUUUACAUAUGUUGCUGUAGUAUCAAGCACUUGACCUUUUUAUGCAAGCACACAUAUGAUACCCAAGUAUGAUACCCCUUUCCAAAAGGAGCAGUAGAGACUGGCUUACAAAUAAAACAUGUAGCAUUGAAUAAUUUACAUCUUUUAUAAAUCAAAUCAAAGUUUUAUAGUUGUUAAUCAAAGUUGUUAUCAAUUAUACAUUUUUAUUUUUAUUAACUUUUAACAUGUCAAUGUUCUGUACAUCCUCAAACAAGGGUCCUUCCUUUUUUAAAAUUAAUUUACUUUUCAAUGUCCUUUUCAGGCAUUUUCUUGUACCAGCAGCAUUUCCUUUUGCCAGCAGUGUUAAAACCAUGCUCAAUUAAAUAAGAAUAUGGGCGCUCUUGGAAAGAGGCACAGUAACACAAACUGGUCAAUCCUUUUUUGCAUUUGCUCUUAAACCUUUCAUGUAUUCACGCAUAACUAUAUACAUAUCUAUAUAUGGGGAUAUUUCUAAAGUGUUAAUGUACAUCAGACAAAAUUUUUACAAAUAUUACUUAUUCUACUUCAUGCAUUACAGUUGUGGUGUAAUUAAGGAAUAAUAUUACUCGACAUUCAACUGUAUUUAUAUUUUUUAUUUCUAUUAACAUCA